AUGUCUACAUUCGGCACCCUUUUCCGCGUUACGACCUAUGGAGAGUCGCAUUGCGCAUCGGUAGGAGCUAUCAUCGACGGAUGCCCACCGGGUCUUCCGUUGGUCGCGCAAGACGUACAGACACAACUGAGUAGGAGAAGGCCUGGCCAGAGUAACCUCACAACCCCCAGAGAUGAAAAGGACCUCGUGCACCUCCAGUCCGGCAUCGAGCACGGCGUCACCCUCGGGACCCCCAUCGGCCUGCUCGUCCGCAACGAGGACCAGCGGCCGAAGGACUACUCCGAGACGGACCUCUACCCCCGCCCCAGCCACGCAGACUGGACCUAUCUCGAGAAGUACGGCGUCAAGGCGAGCAGCGGUGGUGGCCGCAGCAGCGCGCGCGAGACCAUCGGGCGUGUCGCCGCGGGCGCGAUCGCGGAGAAGUACCUGAAGCUCGCGUACGGCAUCGAGAUCGUGGCGUUCGUCUCCUCCGUAGGGAAGGUGCAGCUCCCCUCCUCCGUCUCGCCGCCUUCGCAGGUCUCGGCCGACGACGACGACACCGUCGAGGACGCGCUUAGCCCCGAGUUCGUCGAGCUUCUCAAGACCGUGACGCGCGAGACGGUCGACGCGCAGCCUACGCGCUGUCCGCACGCCGAGACGUCGGAGCGCAUGGUCAAGCGCAUCAUCCGCGCAAAGGAGGCGAACGACUCGAUCGGCGGGACAGUCACCUGCGUCAUCCGCGGCGUCCCCGCCGGGCUCGGCGAGCCCGUGUUCGACAAGCUCGAGGCGAAGCUCGGGCACGCGAUGCUCUCCAUCCCCGCGACGAAGGCGUUCGAGAUCGGCUCCGGCUUCCGCGGGACGCAGGUGCCCGGCUCGAAGCACAACGACGCGUUCGUGCGCCGCGCGGACGGCUCCCUCGGCACGACCACGAACUGGAGCGGGGGCGUGCAGGGCGGGAUCUCGAACGGGGAGGACAUCUACUUCCGUAUUGGGUUCAAGUCGCCCGCGACGAUCUCGCAGGAGCAGCAGACUGCGCAGUACGACGGGACUCCCGGCAAGCUCGCGGCUCGCGGUCGCCAUGAUCCCUGUGUUGUGCCCCGUGCUGUGCCCAUCGUUGAGGCGAUGGCGGCGCUCGUCAUCAUGGACCAGGUGCUCAUCCAAAACUCACGCAAGGCGGCGGCGGCACUCUUGCCGCCCAUCACGACCCUCCCCCCGACGAUGGUCAAGCCCCCUGCGGAGGAGUCGAAGUAA